UCGUUCGUAGCAGUUACUCACUCAAAACUAUUCAACAUGUCUGGACGUGGUAAAGGUGGUGCUGGCAAGGCUAAAGGCAAGUCGAAGACUCGUUCAACUCGUGCUGGACUUCAGUUCCCAGUCGGCAGAAUCCAUCGUCUGCUCCGUAAGGGUAACUACGCCGAACGUGUGGGAGCUGGUGCUCCAGUCUACUUGGCCGCCGUCAUGGAGUACUUGGCCGCUGAAGUUCUCGAGUUGGCUGGCAACGCCGCUCGUGACAACAAGAAGACCAGGAUUAUCCCAAGACAUCUCCAGCUGGCCAUCCGCAACGACGAAGAGUUGAACAAACUUUUGUCUGGAGUCACUAUUGCCCAGGGUGGUGUACUGCCCAACAUUCAGGCUGUGCUUUUGCCCAAGAAGACCGAAAAGAAAGCUUAAAUCAAUAUUGGUUUUUCGUCCACCACACAAUCAGCCCUUCUCAGGGCUAC